CACGUGUGCGUAUGCACUAUGCAUAGUAUACAUCUAUAUAUCUUUCAAGUUUCAGCCUUGCAGCAGUACAGCAGAGAGCAGACGCACGUGGCCGGUCUCUCAAUUGUGAGUAAAAUACUUUAAUGCAGUGAAAAAUAUCUGUGCAGGAAAAAGUGCAUCAAUCAAUUGGUAUCGUGUAGCAAAACAUCAUGGUGAAAAAGGUUAGGAAAGUGUCGCCUUUCGAGGUUCACGUGAACAGGGACAAGUCGAAAGUUUUGGGAAGAAAAACCAAGGCGGAUCAUGGUCUGCCCGGCGUCUCGCGCUCGAAGGCUAUUCGCAAACGCAAGAAUACCCUGCUCGUGGAGUACAAAAACAGAGACAAAAACAAUGUUUUCCUGGACAAGCGUAUCGGCGAGAGAAAUCAGAAUCUCACGCCCGAGGAGAGAACCUUGGCCAGGUUCACAGCUGAAAAGCUCAAAUCUUACGGCAACAAAAAUAUGUCCAACAUGAACGAGGAUGAGAUAUUGACUUUCAAAGGGCAGUCGUUGAUGGACGUCGAGAAGUACGACGACUUGAGAAUAAGCGAUAACGACAGCGAGGAUGGUGACGAGAAAUCAGGACUAUUAAACAAGAAGUUUGUAGAGGAAAACCACUUUGGAGGUGGCAUGUUGACAAAAGCAACCUCCAGAAAGGAUAUCAUUCAACAGAUAAUUAUAAAUGACAAAAUACGUAAGGCAGAGAAGCAGAAAGAAAAAGAAGAAAAAAUUAACUUGACAGAAAAAAUAGAUUCCGAAUGGCAUGAUCUAUUGCCACUAAUCAGUUUUGGAAAUAAAGAUGACACAAAUAAAAAGGAAGAAGCAGAGGUGACAGAAAAAACUACCAAAAGUGAAGGAAAAGGAGACAAUUAUGAUUUGACAAUGAGAGCGUUGAAAUUUGAUGCAAGAUUGCCAGCAACUGAUAAGCUAAGACCAGUUGAAGAAAUUGAAAGAGAAGAAAAAGCUGCAUUAGAAAAACAUGAAAAAGAAAGGUUAGAAAGAAUGCAUGGUUUUACUGAUGCUGACACCGAAUAUUUGAAGCAGCAUAAAUCUGCAGAUGAUUUGGAUGAUUAUAAAAUUGAAGAAAUUGUUGAUGAAGGAUCGGAUGUCGAAGAUGAGAAAAUAAUGACCUUUGCUGACAUGAUAGAGCACAUGAGAAAGAAAAAAGCAAAAGAAGAAAAGAAUGGCGAAGAAGAUACUAGUGACGAUGAGAUUGAAGAAAGUGAUGCUGGAGAAGAUGAUGAAAGUGAUGCUGAACAAGAUGAUGAAAGUGAUGAUGAACAAGACGAUGAAAAUGAUGAUGUUGAAGAAAGUGAUACCCAAAAUGUUAAUGGAACUGAUGAUGCUAAAGAACAUGUUAGCGGAAACAGUGAAGAAGAUGCUGAUGAAGAUGAGGAAGAAAGUGAUGCAGAAAAAAGCAAAGUUGAAGAAGAUGAAGAAGAUAGUGAUGAUGAAAAUAAUGUCAACACUAAAAAACAUGAAAAAAUUUCUAAUAAUGAAAGUGAUAAAGAUGAUAGUAGUUCAAAAGAAGAGUCUGAGUCAGAAUCAGAAGAUAAUUUAUCUGAUUUGAGAGAAGAAACUUCCGAUGAAGAAAGUGAAGAAGAAGAAACUCCUAAAGAAUCUGUUCAAGAAAAAAAAGGGCUUGAAAAGCCAAUUAGUUCAAAAACUGAAUGUUUGAUUCAAAAAGACAUUGAAAGUAUCAUAAGUGACCAUUACAAAAAAACAAAGAAGGAUAAAAAUAGUUCGUUGGAAUUAUUUUCAACUUUACUGGAGCACUUAGAAAAUCAGUUUGCAUUUGGAAAUGAUCCUACUAAAGAAAGAUUUUUCAAAACAUUUGACAGAAUGUGCCCUCAUAUGUAUGAUCUUGCUCAUGCUAAUCCAUCGGAAACUAGAAAUGUUAUUCUUACUUAUAUUAGAAAAAAACAUGAUGAAUUUGAAAGCAAAAGUAAAAUUUAUCCUGGAUUAAAUACUGUUAUUUUAUUUAAAUUAAUCUCUUUGUUAUAUCCAACAUCAGAUUUUAGGCAUCAUGUUGUCACUCCGUCCAUAGUAUUCAUGUCUCAAAUAUUAUUGAAAUGCAAAGUUAAGAGUAAACAAGAUGUUGCAAAGGGUCUUUUUAUAGUAGCUCUCAUUUUGGAAUACACAGCAUUGAGUGGUAGAUGGGAUCCAGCAGCAAUAAAUUACCUUCGAGGUAUCUUGUUUGUAUCCUUGCCAAAACCAAUUACUAAAGUACCAACUGUGGUUCCACCGUUUAAAAAUACUAGUGUUCUCGGCAAUAUUUUAGUUUUGGAAAAAAAUCAAAGCAAAACUAAGCUUUCUGAGCUUUCUGCUGAAGAUAUUAAAAUGAAAGCAAAAGAUUUCUCAGAUACUGAAAUGGAUGACGAUUUUAGGAUAAGAGCAUUUUGUACUUCGAUAAAUUUACUGCAUGCAUUCGAAUCACAGCUCAAUAAAUUUGAUGCAGCUUUCAGUAUCUUCGAACCACAUUUAGCAAUACUAAAGAGUUGCUCUACAAAAUGGUAUCCGAAAAUCGUUCAGGAAAAUGUAAAGGCUCUCGUGGCCAAGUUUGAACAGCUCAAGGAGAAGAGAAUCGAACAUUUAACUUUCGAAAAGAAGAAACCCAAACCAUUGAAACAAUUAGAAGCAUCAAUUAUGGAUACAAUUUACGACGACAAACGCAAGAACAAGGGCUUGUCGCAGGAGAAGCAGGAGGAGAAGAAGCUGAUACACAAGCUGAAGCGCGAAAAGAGGGGCGCGGUGCGCGAGAUACGUCGCGACACGGCCUACACCACGAAGAUCAGGAUCAAGGAGGAGAUCGCCAGCAACAUGGAGAGCAAGCGCAAGUACAACAAGUUCAGGGCCGAGCUCGCCGAGGAGGCGCACGAGUCCAAAAAGUUCAGGAAGACAUAGGUCCACUUGUGUAGUAGUUUAUUACACAAUUGUAAAAAUAGUCGUUAGGCAAAUAUCAUUAGCUGUUAAAUACGUGUAAAAAUAACUGAUAUUAGUUUUAUAAUGCGUGUAUAAAAGUAAUAGAAAAGAAAAGACUUUUGUUUACAUGUUGAAUUGUUGUAAAAUAAAAAAGUUUUUAAUUACA